GUGUAUGUAUCUGGCAGGUGAAAGGAAAGCAAGCCAGGAUGGAUUUUUACGACACUCAAACCUUGGGGGUUGUGGUCUUUGGUGGAUUUAUGGUUGUUUCCGCCAUCGGCAUCUUCCUGGUGUCAACCUUCUCCAUGAAGGAGACGUCAUAUGAAGAAGCCCUAGCCAAUCAGCGCAAGGAGAUGGCGAAAACUCACUACCAGAAAGUAGAGAAGAAAAAGAAGGAGAAAACAGUAGAGAAGAAAGGAAAGACCAAGAAAAAGGAAGAGAAACCCAAUGGGAAGAUACCUGACCAUGAGCCAUCCCCCAACCUGACCAUCCUCCUCAAAGACCCAGUGCGGGCACCUGCAGUGGCUGUGGCACCAACCCCAGUCCAGCUGCCUGUGGUCUCUGCUCCUGUAGCCGCGGUACCAGCCAUGCCCCAAGACAAGGCGGCCUCCUCCCCUAAGGACAAAAAGAAGAAGGAGAAAAAAGUGGCAAAGGUGGAACCAGCAGUCAGUUCUGUAGUGAAUUCCAUCCAGGUUCUCACCUCCAAGGCUGCUGUCUUAGAAGCUGCUCCCAAGGAGGUGCCUAUGGUGGCUGUGCCCCCAGUGGGUGCCAAGGCCAGUACUCCAGCCACUGGCACUGCACCGGGCAGAAAGGCAGAGGGGGCCCAGAACCAGAGCAAAAAGUCAGAGGGAACCCCAAACCAGGGUAAAAAGUCAGAGGGAACCCCAAACCAGGGCAAAAAGUCAGAGGGAACCCUGAACCAGAGCAAAAAGGGAGAGGGAACCCCAAACCAGGGCAGAAAGUCAGAAGGAACCCCAAACCAGGGCAAAAAGUCAGAGGGCACCCCGAACCAGGGCAAAAAGUCAGAGGGUACCCCAAACCAAGGCAAAAAGUCAGAGGGAACCCCAAACCAGAACACAAAGUUAGAGAGCAACCCAAACCAGGGCAAAAAGUCAGAGGGAACCCCUAACCAGAGCAAAAAGGCAGAGGGUACCCCAAACCAGAGCAAAAAGGCAGAGGGUACCCCAAACCAGAGCAAAAAGGCAGAGGGUACCCCAAACCAGAGCAAAAAGACAGAUGGGGCCCAGAAUCAGGGCAAAAAAGUGGAAGGGGCCCAGAACCAGGGCAAAAAGGCAGAGGGAACCCCGAACCAGAGCAAAAAGGGGGAGGGAACCCAGAAUCAGGGCAAAAAAGUGGAGGGAGCUCAGAAUCAGGGCAAAAAGGCAGAGGGGGCCCCCAACCAGGGCAAACCAGUGGAAGGGGCCCAGAACCAGGGCAAAAAGGCAGAGGGAACCCCGAACCAGAACAAAAAGGGGGAGGGAACCCCGAACCAGAGCAAAAAGGGGGAGGGAACCCCAAACCAGAGCAAAAAGGCGGAGGGCACCCCAAACCAGAGCAAAAAGGCGGAGGGCACCCCGAACCAGAGCAAAAAGGCGGAGGGAACCCCGAACCAGAGCAAAAAGGGGGAGGGCACCCCGAACCAGAGCAAAAAGGCGGAGGGAACCCCGAACCAGAGCAAAAAGGGGGAGGGAACCCCAAACCAGAGCAAAAAGGGGGAGGGAACCCAGAAUCAGGGCAAAAAGGCAGAAGGGGCCCAGAAUCAGGGCAAAAAGUCUGAGGGGGCCCCUAACCAGGGCAAAAAGGCAGAGGGGCCCCAGAACCAGGGCAAAAAGGCAGAGGGGCCCCAGAACCAGGGCAAAAAGGCAGAGGGGGCCCAGAACCAGGGCAAAAAGGUGGAUUCGGUUGCUAAUCAGGGCACAAAGUUGGAGGGUGUUGCGAACCAGGGGAAAAAAGGAGAGGGGGCCCCUAAUCAAGGCAAAAAGGCAGAGGGGACCCCGAACCAGGGCAAAAAGGCAGAAGGGUCCCCCAACCAGAGCAAAAAGGUGGAUGCAUCUGCCAAUCAGGGUAAAAAGGCAGAGUCAGCUCCUAGCCAGGGCAAAAAUGCAGAUAUGGUCCAAAGCCAGGAGGCACCAAAGCAAGAGGCUCCUGCAAAGAAGAAGUCUGGUUCAAAGAAGAAAAGUGAGCCUGGGCCCCCGGACUCCGACAGCCCUCUCUACCUGCCCUACAAGACCCUGGUCUCCACGGUCGGAAGCAUGGUGUUCAAUGAGGGCGAGGCCCAGCGGCUCAUCGAGAUCCUGUCCGAGAAGGCUGGCGUCAUUCAGGACACCUGGCAUAAGGCCACUCAGAAGGGUGACCCUGUGGCAAUUCUGAAACGCCAGCUGGAAGAGAAGGAAAAGCUGCUGGCCACAGAGCAGGAAGAUGCAGCUGUCGCCAAGAGCAAACUGAGGGAACUCAAUAAGGAGCUGGCAGCAGAAAAGGCCAAGGCAGCAGCCGGGGAGGCCAAGGUGAAAAAGCAGCUCGUGGCCCGGGAGCAGGAGAUCACGGCCGUGCAGGCGCGCAUGCAGGCCAGCUACCGGGAGCACGUGAAGGAGGUGCAGCAGCUGCAGGGCAAGAUCCGGACUCUUCAGGAGCAGCUGGAGAACGGCCCCAACACGCAGCUGGCCCGUCUGCAGCAGGAGAACUCCAUCCUGAGGGACGCCUUGAACCAGGCCACGAGCCAGGUGGAGAGCAAGCAGAAUGCGGAGCUAGCCAAGCUCCGGCAGGAGCUCAGCAAGGUCAGCAAGGAGCUGGUGGAGAAGUCGGAGGCUGCCCGGCAGGAGGAGCAACAGCGGAAGACUCUGGAGGCCAAGGCAGCCACCUUUGAGAAGCAGGUCUUGCAGCUGCAGGUGUCUCACAAGGAGAGUGAGGAGGCCCUGCAGAAGCGCCUGGACGAGGUCAGCCGGGAGCUCUGCCGCUCGCAGACCAGCCACGCCAGCCUGCGGGCAGAUGCUGAGAAGGCCCAGGAGCAGCAGCAGCAGAUGGCCGAGCUGCACAGCAAGUUGCAGUCCUCCGAGGCGGAGGUGAAGAGCAAGUGCGAGGAGCUGAGCGGUCUCCACGGGCAGCUCCAGGAGGCCAGGGCAGAGAACUCAGAGCUCACAGAGAGAAUCCGGUCCAUCGAGGCCCUGCUGGAGGCGGGCCAGGCCCAGGAUGCCCAGGUCAGCCAGGCCAGCCAAGCAGAGGCCGACCAGCAUCAGGCCCGCCUCAAGGAGCUAGAGUCCCAGGUGUGGUGUCUGGAGAAGGAGGCCACGGAGCUCAAGGAAGCAGUCGAGCAGCAGAAAACGAAGAACAACGAGCUCCGAGAAAAGAACUGGAAGGCGAUGGAGGCACUGGCCUCGGUGGAGAGAGGCUGUGAGGAGAAGCUGCGCUCCCUGACCCGGGCCAAGGAGGAGUCAGAAAGGCAGCUCAGCCUGACUGAGGCACAGACCAAGGAGGCCCUGCUGGCUCUGCUCCCUGCGCUCUCUGACUUGACACACCAGAAUUAUGCCGAGUGGUUGCAAGAACUCAAAGAGAAAGGCCCUGAGCUUCUGCAGCAGCCGUCAGCUAACACUGAGCCUGUCUCGGACCUGGCCUCUAAGCUGAGGGAGGCUGAGGAGACCCAGAGCACCCUGCAGGCCGAGUGUGAGCAGUACCGCACCAUCCUGGGGGAGACGGAGGGCAUGCUCAGAGACCUGCAGAAGAGUGUGGAAGAGGAGGAGCAAGUGUGGAAGGCCAAAGUGAGCGCCACGGAGGAGGAGCUCCAGAAGUCACGGGUCACAGUGAAACAUCUCGAAGAGAUUGUAGAGAAGCUAAAAGGAGAACUUGAAAGUUCAGAUCAGGUUAGGGAGCACACCUCGCAACUGGAGGCAGAGCUGGAGAAGCACAUGGCAGCGGCCAGCGCUGAGUGCCAGAGCUAUGCCAAGGAGGUGGCAGGGUUGAGGCAGCUUUUACUAGAAUCGCAGUCUCAGCUGGAUGCAGCCAAGAGUGAAGCCCAGAAACAAAGCGAUGAGCUCGCCCUGGUCAGGCAGCAGUUGAGUGAGAUGAAGAGCCACGUAGAGGAUGGUGACGUGGCUGGGUCCCGGGCUGCCCCCUCAGAGGCCCCCCCAGCAGAGCAGGACCCCGUCGAGCUGAAAACACAGUUGGAGCGGACAGAAGCCAUCCUGGAGGACGAGCAGACACAGCGGCAGAGGCUCAUGGCCGAGUUCGAGGAGGCCCAGAGCUCGGCGUCUCGGCUACAGGAAGAGCUGGAGAAGCUCCGCAGCGCCGGCCCCCUCGAGGCUUCAGAAGCAGAGGAGGCCACAGAGCUGAAGGAGAGACUAGAAAAAGAGAAGAAGUUAACAAGUGACCUGGGCCGCGCUGCCACCAAGCUACAGGAGCUUUUAAAGACAACCCAAGAGCAGCUAGCAAAGGAGAAAGACACAGUGAAGAAGCUGCAGGAGCAGCUGGAUGAAACAGAGGACAGUAGCAGCUCAAAAGAGGGCACCUCUGUCUGAGUCGUCUCUGUGGAAAAGAAGUUACCGUUCAACUUACCAAAAUGCCUUACACAUUCCUUACGAAUAAAUAAACCAACCGACACAGC